CACAUUGGUAUACAAUAUUUAAGAUGGAUUUCACAGGACUUUUUAUAUCAGUUGUACUGUGUUCAUCUCUUUGUGAAUGUGGAAAUAUUCUCGUUGUACCAGUGGAUUUUGGCUAUAACAGCAGAAUGAGAAAUAUGAUAAAAAUUGGACGAAUUAUGUUGAAUGCAGGGCACCAAGUAACCUUCUUGCUUUCUGACCAGAUUGAACACGAUGCUUUGUAUAAAAUGGGCGAGACGAGUACUAUGAACAAAACAUUCAAUGUUAUACAUUUCAAGAAGCCACCUGUUGAUGUAUCCAAAGACAUGAAUUCUUUGAAUCAGGAUUUUAUAAACAGUUUGAUGGGUAAUGCUGUGAAUGCAUUUGACAAUGUACUACCAAUAUAUUCGGAUUUUAUUUCCUUACCUCUGGAGGACAGAAGUAUUUGGAAAAAAUUUGCCAGGUCAAAGUUCGACUUGAUAAUAAGCGAUGAGCGUAUGUUUGUUUCAAGGGUUAUAAGUGCAAGUUUCAAUAUUCCAUUGAUUCUCUAUGAAAAUUGGGGACCGAUGAUUUUUGAUACAAAUCUUGUACAAAGAUUCAAUCUUGCAUAUGUUCCUGCUUUCCUUCACCCAUCCUCUGACAUUAUGUCUUUCUCAGAAAGAGUUUACAAUGUUUGGGAGUACUAUAAACUAAAAGAAGUGAACAGGAAAGUUUACAGUAUAUCUGUUGCAAUAUGUAAAGAAUUGGGUUAUGGAGAUGCCUGUGAUAACAUAAACAAUGCUGAAAAAACUGUCUCUCUGGUCUUUAUGAACAGAAAUGAUGCACUUCAUUACCCACUUCCCUUAAUGCCACAUGUUAUAUCUGUAGAAGGAUUUUUCCUCGAAAACCCAAAGCCUUUAGAUCGACACUAUGCCAACAUUAUUGAGAAAGCUGGAAAACAUGGGAUAAUUGUUGUGAGCUUUGGGUCAUUGUUCCGUAGACUCUGGCCAGAACUUCGGACCACAUUUGCCAAAGCAUUUGCUGCAAUGCCACAAACUGUGAUUUGGAGUUACGAAGGCCCUACACCAGAAGGUCUUGGAAAUAAUACGAUAUUGAGUAAAUGGAUACCUCAAGAAAGCCUAUUGAAUCACCCUGCUACUAAACUAUUUGUGACACAGUGUGGAGCUUCAUCAAGCUUUCAAGCUUUGCAUUACGCCCUCCCUGUAAUUGGAGUACCAUUCUUUUUUGAUCAGCCUUUCUAUUGCCAGAAACUCUCCCAUAGAGUAAAAUCUGGUCAAACUGUUUCUGUGGAAGGAAUCACCAUGGAGAAACUUCAACGAGCCAUGAAGGAGGUUAUAGAGAACAAAAAAUACAAGGUGAAUGCUGAAAGAGCUGCUGCUAUAUACCAUGAUCAACCCAUACCACCAAAGGACAAACUUGUCUACUGGGCUGAAUAUGUAAUACGCCAUAAGGGUGC